GCUUCACAUUUUUACUUUCUCUCUCUCUCUCUCUCUCCCUGCCUCUCUCCCUCUCGCCAAUCAGUUGCCCAGUUUACGUUUUAAUUUGCCAGUUUCAGUCGAUCGGAUGCUCGGAUAAACCCCGGGGGACUCGGCAGGCCUUCACUUUUUUUUAUACGUUUUUCUUCUCACUGUAUGGAUCGUGCAAUCGUUUUACAGAAUCUUGUAUUUUAAAUGAGCAGAAUUUAUUCGCUUUUUCCUAGUUCGUUCGUGCUAAGAUUGGUACGCGUCAAACGUAAAUGAAAAGUGGUCAGACCGAAUUGUUCGUUUCGCAAAAUUUGUAUUAUCUUUGGAAAAGUAUCUUCGAUGAGUUCGUACCAUUACUGUUGCACACCUCUUGCAAUCCACUUCCGAAUCAUUAGAGAGGGUAGAUGAAAAGAAAAAGCUGUUGCAAGUGAGGGAUCGCGGAAAUACCCGCGAGUAGUGGACCGAAUACAGGAUUUAUCGAUUGUACAAAUAGUAAGAAUCGAACUUUCGAUCAUUCGUAAAUGGAUUUAGACUCUUGACGAAUGCAAAAGAACGGUCAAGAGCAUUUCACGGAUGUUGACGAAGCGUCGAUGAAGGAAUUAUAACGCAGACCAUCCAAAUGCCGAUAUUCCCGGAGUCGUUGAUGGAAACGAACAAGUUGAUUUACGGUGAAAAGAAAGGACAGAAGAGGACGACGAUGAGUUUUGAAGAGUUGGAAAACUUCUGCUUCGUGUAUAAGUGCUUUUGGUAAUCGUGUGCCAAUUCGAUUGAGUCAGUGCUUAAUCCGUCGAGGACCGCCUAACAAGAAAAUUAGUUCUUCGAUUGUGAAGGUAAAACCGCUAGUGCGUAGACUGAAACUGUGUUUAAUCAAACGUAGCUAGUUACGUUGAUUAUUUUCGUCGCCUAACCUUCACUGCGUUCUGUUGCCCGAGGCAACGGAUAUCGUUCAGUGAAUAAAAUGACAACCGCAGUCUUGACUCGAGAGUGAAACCAUACGGAUUCACCGUCAACUUCGGAAGUGACAAUACCUCAGGCUGAGUGGUCGGCUAGUGUAUUCCCAGGAGUUCCGAUCCUCAGGAAUUAAUGCACGCGGAAGGCGACAGGAAGUUCUCAGUGCCUUUACUGUGACAUAACCGAAGAAAGUGUUUCUAACAAACCUGUUAUUAUCCGGACGAAUCGUCAUAGCCUUCAAGCGUCACUAAGCGAGGUGAAAAUUCGUCUACGACGCCGUAUUAAGAAUUAAACCUCGUUUAGGUCGACCGGCAUGAGUGGAAGAAGCCUGGUGAAAAGUGGACGCGUUUACGCCGUCCCUACUAAGUGAGUGAAUGUGACUUUGUCUUGACCACCACGUUACAAAACCUUGUUGGAAACACGAUUGGAAGCAGUUGGUGUGAUGAAAUACCACCGAUCAUCGAUCGACGCUGUUUGAACCUCGAAGAGCAGCAGCGAUAUCCGAUCGUGAAUCACGAUACAAGAAUGUCGUCGAACGGCGAAUUCUCGACGAUUUCCAGCGGCGAAGGAACAUCCCUGCCAAAGUCGCUGCCGAGUUCGCGUGAAGCGACGGCGGAGACGAACUCCGGUGGAUUUAUGCCCCUUCGGGAAUUCCUCGAUAGAUUUUCCCUACCGAGGGUUGUUCGACUUGAGGGUACGGGUGGCAGGCCCGUUCUCCUCUACAAGCAGCAGCCAAGGUCACUCAGGGUCACGGCUACUCUGCUGAUGCAUCGUUACCGGCACGACGUCAAGGUGGGACCAGAAAUCGUCAUCCCCGAAGGCUAUCCCGGCUGGUUCUCCGUAGUGUCUGGCAGCAACAUGACCGGAACUGCGAGAGUCUAUCGAAGAGUUGAAACUCUCGUGAGAGCCGGAGUCGCAGCUUUCCUGUUGACUUCGCCUCUCAGGGCUUACACCCUGACGCAUUCGAAAAUGGAAAACGGUAACCUCCGAGCUCACUACACGAAAACGACGGUCCGUGCCGGUGAGGUCCUACGGCUGGUCGCGGUAUUCCAGGACACGAGGCGCUAUCCCCUGACCUUUGGGAUCAACGGGGUUAAGGGAUCUUUGGAGAAGGAUCAGUACGCGCAGUGCCUAGACUCCCACGGAAGGGAAAUCUUCGCUCCUCUCUCUGCCAGAGGCGAGUUUUACGCGACCUGCCCCAGCGGGAGCUUGGACACUGACUCUGACGCCAUACUCUACAAGGUGCACCAGCUCGCUAAGAGGGAUCUGCCACUCAAGGUGAGACUAGUGGCUGGUCCGCUGCCAGUCCCUCUUCCCCGUGAGUACGCGGGUUUGAUGCAGCUUCAAACAGCUACCAGAGGCUCAAUCGUCUUGGGAUGUCUCGUACCGGAGAGACCAGUGCACGAUCCAGAAAUGCUCGAACUGAUGGUUUCAGGGCCUGGAGCACCACGAGUUAGACGCGCUCGUCUCGGUUAUCCUUCGGAGACUCGGCUCCUUGCAUCUCCAAAGAUGCAGAGAUUACUGACUGCCUGCUGGACACUGGGUGACCGUGCAACGGAGCCAAGAGUCGCACCGCAUACGUGGCAGCCAAAGAUCACGCCAGAAAAGGAACUAAAUUUGAAGGAAAUCAAGCCAAAGCCCGAAACGAAGCCAAUCCUGCGAAGUCUCCGCGAUGGUUUAGAGAAUCUGAAGAAGACAGCGAGUCGAGAACGAAGUCAGACAAGACAAACGGGGAACGGUGGUGGUUUCCUCGAAAAAAUCUCGAAGCUAACUCAAAGUAGCAAAAGCCGGAAUCCGGCGAAGAAGUCGGCUUCCUUCACGUUCGCCGUGCGACCGGAAGUCGCCCUGCGUUCGGGGGAGAAGUACGCGAGUCUUGAACCGGACGUGACGUCAUCCAGCAGCAACAGGGGUUCCAAACAACCCGUUCAGAGAUCGAUCUCGGCUGGCGUUCUGGACACACAUCAGGCUCACGUUGAGCUUGAGCCAAAUUACGCCCGUGUUAGGGAUAGUCUGGUGCUUUCAUCUAGUCCGCCAAACCUGACGAAGGCUAAGGCGGAAGACAUAUACGCGGAGAUAUGCGAGAAUGCCGCAGCUGAAAACGUGCCAAACCUAUCGGAUACUCAUAUCGUCGCAAAAGUGAAAAUCACCGUGCGAAACGACAGCGUUUAUCCCGACGCUGACGAAAGAAGUGGCCAUAAUAAUUACGUCAAUUUAAUACACACCUCCCAACAGAUCGAUUCGAUCAUCAACACCGACGUCGACGUGGUAUAUAACACGGUUUUAUGAACCUCGGGGUCGUUGAUGAAACGAACCGUUGUAGCCGAUUCUGGCAAUAUGAUAUGUUGCGAGGAAGAAGCUAAUUGGCGUGCUAGACAUUUGUAUUAUAGUUGUCAAUAUAGAUAGAUGUAAAUUCGUAGCUUAUUUCUAAUUAUAUACAUACGUGUAAAUAUAUUCAAAUACAUGACGCAUGCAUCUGUUUUGAAACAAUAUACGAUUG